GCAAUGGCGCCUCCACGAAAGGCCCGUCACGCCGCCCGUGAACCCCAACCGCGUCGGGUGGUCUUCACACUUCGCACCGUCCUCUAUGCAAUUGCGUUCUUCUUGAUCUUUGGACUGACUGUAUCCGAACUGGGCCUAGUCUCGAGUCAGCUACACAAGUACGGCGAGGGAUACACCAACUAUCCUUCAAAAGGCUACAAGCACACCCUCGGGCUCCUGCUCUUCUCCGUCAUCUGGUCGCUGCUUGGUGUUCUCGGACAUCCUUGGCUUGGAAUUGGGGCGACUGCCAUCUUCUCGUUCAGCGCUGCGGUCUUCUUCGGCGUCGGCGCUGGUUUGAUCCACCUCCGGACUCCGUUCCAGGGGCACUCGUGUAGCUCGAAGCCUGUGGAGGAGUACCCCGUCGAAUGGCAGCCCUAUGCUGAGGAGUGUGCGAUUAUCGUGUCGAUUCAGGGUUGCGCCUGGGCACUUUGGGCUCUUUAUAUCUUCCUGAUGGUUGGGACGAUCGUCCACAAGUUCGAUAUUCGCCGACGUCCCACCCCUGAAGGAUUCUAUCACUCGAAGCCCUAGAAUGCCGUCGAAGUUGCAAGUAAUGCGGUCUACGUCCCUCCCUUUCCGCUCAUCAUCAUCGUCACUUUUCUUUCUUUCCUUGUCUAUUAACAUUUAGUUCUACUGACAAUCGAUUUAACGAACAUGGAAUGGAAUUCACGAAUCUCGUCAGACA